AACGAAGAAUAGAAUACAGAGAUCCCCAAUUUUCAUCGUGCGUUCCUCCCUCCCUAGGGUUUCCUCCUGCCAAUCCUUUUUUCCGGCGACCAUGAAUCCCGACGCCGCCAUCCCGAGCCUCGGCUACGAUCCCCACUCACAAACCCCGCUGCUGCCUACGGAAGUAUCAUCGAGCGUCGCCGUCGAAUCGGCUCCCGGAUCUGGCUCCUCCUCGAGCAAAACUGAGCUUGACUCGAAUCCGAAGAGGCAGAAGAUCGAUGAAGAUGAUGGCGGCGACGUCAUGGGCAGUUGCGGCGAGGAGGAUGAAGAGGAAGAGUGGACUCAGACUAUGGGGAAGCCCUUAACCUGGUAUCCUAAAAGCGAAGAAGACAGGGAGAAGAUGGCGCUCUACUAUGAGCAGGUUUUUGCUAGCGAGGGAUUUGACUAUGUCCAAUCGCCUCCGGUGGAUGUCCUUGAAGACGGGGUUUUGCAUGUCAACAUGAAGAAAGCUCUGUGCCGCAAGAUUCUCCGUGAGUGUGUGGAUCACGUUGUCAAAGAAACGAACAAAUCACCGGACGGGCGGUGGAAGCUGGUCGCUGGUGAUAUUGUGAAGGCCAAUUGGCGACCUGUCCAGGGUGCUAUUUACUUCAUCACAUUCAUGGCCAAGAACAGUGCUGAUCCUAAAAAUGCUGAGAAAGAAUAUGAAGCUCAAGUCUAUCGGAACUUUACUGGUGUGUGUGUGAUGGAGCUGUUUCGUGUGAAGGGCCAGAAGGAAGCGAUUCUGGAAAGCACCGACCGGUGGAGGAUGAUCAUGUGUAAUGGGUUGGCCCUGUGACAGUCCCUGUGGCUGCUGUAAGUGACGCAGGACGGUCCUGUUCCGUGUGAAAGGCCAGAAGGAAGCGAUUCUGGAAAGCACCGGCCGGUGGAGGAUCGAUCGUGAGUUCUGCUAGGCUAGCUACUGUUGCAUUAGAGUUUAGAAAGAUAGAUAGCUGCCUUCCUUUAGUUAUCAACUUUAACCAUGUGUUGUUGUGUGUGUGCCCGAUAUUCUUCCAUUUCCUUUUGAGUAACUCUUGAAUUCCUAAGCGCACAGUUUGGGAAGUUACAAAUGGUUUCUCUC